CUCACGUGACGUUGGACGCGGACACGGCUCACCCUCAACUCAUCCUCUCGGCUUGUGGGAAGAAGGUCCAACGUGGAGACACGAAGCAGGAGAUGCCGGAGAACCCGGAGAGAUACGACACCUACCACUGCGUCCUGGGUCAGGAGAGGUUCACCUCGGGGAGACACUUCUGGGAGGUGGACGUGGGGAUGGAAGAAGGAGGAGUUUGGGCCAUGGGGGUGGCCAAGGAGUCCAUGAAGAGGAAGGGUUGGAUCAACCCAACUCCUCAAGAUGGCAUCUUGGCUCUUUUCCAUUGUGGGGGCAAGUUCUGGGCUCUGACUUCUCCUGACCACACGGCUCUUGACCCCACCCAGACACCCAGGACCUUGAGGGUCUACCUGGACUUUGAGGGACAGAAGGUGGCCUUCUUCAACGUUGACAACCAAGAGUUACUCUUCACCUUCUCUCUGAACCCGUUGAGUGGUGAGAAGAUCCGUCCUUGGUUCCGGGUGGGACCCAUCGCCCGGCUCAGCCUAAAGUCACCCCCGUCACCUCCACGUGUCCCCAGCGUGGAGGAGCUUCUGCUCCCCUCAUGCUUCAACCUCUCCAUGAUGGGACAACGGGUCCCACCAAAGGGCGGGAGGUGA